AUGCGAGUCAUACUUUCCUUUCCGCGUUCUGGCGUUUCAGGUCACGGCGUAUCCGAGGAGGACAAGCUUCUAUCACGCAAAGAUAAAAAUGCGAUUGAUUUUGCCUUUAACUACAGCAAAUUGUGGUGCAAAUCCUGCAAAGACUUGGUGCUCGGAUUGGAAAAACGUGCUUAUGCAGAAAACGAGGCGUGCAGAGCCAUUGUGAAACAUUUCCAAGCAUUUGAAACCAAUUUAAAUUCCGUGAAUGGAGCACCCAUGAAGACGCAAACACUCAGUCUGGCUCGAAUGAUGGUCGAUCACUGUAAAGAAACCGAAAUGCACAAUACAAAACGUUGCAGAGAGUUGCUCGAAGUAUUGACUCGACAACGAACCUUAUUUGAAAAAACUCGCAAGUUUCUUAAAGACAAAUGGAAAGCAGAUGUAAAGCGCAUGCUGGACGCGGAAAACAGUCUGAUCAAAACAAAAUCCGCAUAUUAUCAGCGUUGUCAGACAGGAGUCAAACUGCGCGAAGAAUUAGCAAUGGCCCAGAACCAACUGAAUGAAAUGAAUGCUGGUUUGGUAGCUUCUGGGUUGGGUUCCGGCAGCACCAGUGGUCCAGUUAGCCCUGGUCCCGGAUCUGUUGCUUCGGGACAGACUACUUCGUUGGUCAAUACAUCGAGUGGAACAACUCAAUCUCAGACGGUGGGAAGUACGGCAAGCUUGACUCAGGAUAUCACGGAUAGUGCGCCUGACUCUACGGCUACAUCGUCCUCGUCCACAUCGAACCAAGUGGCGAAGCAACGUGCAAAGGUCGAACGACUGGAGAAACAAUUGAGUGAUAAUGACAAGAAGGAAAUUGAACAGAUGUAUGCCUAUCGAGAAGCAGUUGAACAAGCCAAUCAUCGUUUGUGUGAGUUGGAAAAGAGCAAGAUGGAAAUUCUCUGUGAUACGAGAUUGACGAUUCGGAAGAGCGAUGAAGUAGUUAAAGAUUCUCUGGCUGAGCUAUUCAAUCACUUAUACGCCACAAGAAUAUCUAUGAUAAAACAGUACGAGUCGAUGGCCACUGCGUUUCAGGACUAUGUACCGUGUAGUGAAUAUCGCGCACUGAUCGAUGAACAUAUACAAAAGGGAGUUGAAACCUAUCCAGAAAAGUACCAGUUUGCUGGAUUUCACGAGGCUUCAGCAUCCGGCGGAAAGUUGGACGCAGUGACAGGUCGAUUCAUGGGUCGUUCAGCUGGUUCAGCUAAGGAUGCGUCAGACAACGAUCCUUUGGCUGGAACGCGAAGUGCUCUGUGCAUUCAUUCCGACUCGGAUUCAGAAGGUGAGGAAGAUCCGGGUCCUAGUAGAGGAGGUGGUCUUGUUUCGACCAGUAGCAACGUUUUAUCUUCCCUGGUUGAAUUCGGGUCCAAUCUGUUUCGACCGGACUCGAAAAAAUCGGUGCGGGGAAAGCGUAAUCAAGGGUCUGGUGGAUCCGGCAACCAAACUGCAAUGUCCGGCUCUGCGACCACUGAAUCUCUGGACACACUAACUGCUCAGCUUGCAAAUCUGGAGAAGGAGUACAUAGCUGCCUGUUAUCCUAUUGCACGAUGUGUUGCCGCCAUCGAAAAACAGCCAGGAGGCUUAGAAACACAUGGCAUCUAUCGUGUACCGGCAUCCAAAGCCAAAGUGGCAAGUCUGCUGGAGUCGGUUCAGUCCAGCCAACCCAUGACUCCGGAGAAGGCGUCAGAUGAUAUUGCAAUGCUUAGCCAAGAGCAUCCACUGACACUAGCCGGUCUGAUUAAGACACGGUUGAUUGCCGUGUUUGACGCUUCUGAUGCGAACAUUCUCAAAGAAUUGGUGAAACGACUGCAACUUCUCAUAAAUCAUUUAAGUCCGGGAAAUAAGCGCCUCGCCGGUUUGUUGUUUCAUCACUUGUACAGGUUCCAAGUGGCGAACAUGAUGGAAUUCAUGGAUAACAAAGGCCAAACACGUGUGGUGGAAGUAUUGAUCGAUCAAGUAGUGGAAAUAUUCGGUCCAGCCGAACAGUAUGACCCCAUUCUCAUCCUAACCAGCGCUCCACCUGCUGCCGAAGAUGAACUAGAUUUGCGUCGUGGUAGUGGACCGCUUGCGCGACGGAAUACAGCCAGCGAGAAAAGCACAGAUACAAAACCAACUUUGUUACAUCCACAGGCAGCCCGUGCUCAGUCUACGAAUGCAUCAGUUAGAGGAUCGACCAGCACGGACAAUAACGGUGGCGCGGGGAGUUUAAGCACAACCACAUUACAGCCCUGUCUACUACGCUCGGCAACCAUAUCGGCUACUUCACCUGGACGGUCUGCUGGUGCGUUCAUCUCCUUUAGUAUCACCGAGUUUUUCAUGAGUGAUAAAAAACAUUGGAAAAAAAUAAGUGAUGCUUGA